AUGAUUAUUACUGGUGAUGAUUGUGAUGAAAUAGAAUCUUUAAAGUCUGAUCCCUCUUGUUGUUUUGUUAUGAAAGACUUGAGCAUGUUACAUUACUUUCUUGGUAUUGAGGUUGCUUAUUCUCCAAAAAGUUAUCUCUCAUCUCAAUCGAAGUAUAUAGCUUAUUUGUUUGAUCGUGCGCGUAUCACUGACAACAAGACUGUUAAUACUCCUCUAGAGUCCAAUGCCCGAUAUUCUUCGUCGGAUGGUGUUCCUUUGUUAGAUUCCAGUUUGUAUCGUACUAUUGUUGGUAGCUUGGUCUAUCUAAUUGUGACUCGUCCAGACAUUGCACAUGCGGUUCAUGUGGUUAGUCAGUUUGUCACUGCUCCUACUACAUUUCAUUGGUCUUGCUGUUCUUCGUAUUCUCAGAUGCCUUCGAGGCACUCAAUUUUAAAGCCUYUUGCUCCCCUCCACGUUCUCUUUAGAGUUGUGUGCUUACUCUGA